AUGGAAGAAGAAAAAUUCGAUGGACUUCUAAUGACUGUGGUUCAGCAAUCACAAGGCAUUAACGGUUUUUUCGAUGCAUUUUUCGGCUUCCUUCGACGAAAAACCGAUUUCUAUGCCCAGCCAGAAUCAGGUAAACAAUUGCUUGACAAAUCUUUUAAUUCCCAACUUGAAGCUUACAAAGAGCAGCAAAGAAUUAAAGAAGCCAAACAAAAAGCAGCUGAGGAAAAGAAAAAGAGAGAGCAAGAGCUUAAGAACCAAAAAGUCGUUGAAAUUACUGACGAAGAAGCAGAAAGAAUCGCAAAAGAAGAAUCUGCUAGAAAAGCAGCGCAAGCAGCACCAUCUCAGCAGGUACAAAAACAGGCAGAAACUGUAGAAGCGGAACCCAAAAAAGAAGGUGAAGAAGAGGAAGAAGAAAAAGGCCAAGUUCCUGUUGGAAAUGGAGGGACUACAGAUAGGUAUAUUUGGACUCAGACAUUAGGAGAGCUUACAGCCAAUUUCUUCAUCCCAGCUGAUGCUAAUGGGAAAAAUAUAUAGUACAUCGGCAAGCAAAACAGCAUAUUUUUUAAUUAAUUUUGGAUUGCUAUACAAAAUUAAACUUUUAAUGCCAAUAGAAUUUAAUAUUAAGCCUCAAUAAGAAAAAAAAUAAAUCCUUAUAAAAGUCGACAUUGGGGUACAAAAACUUAAGGUCACAUAUAAAGGCCAAACCUACAUAGAAGGUGAAUUUUAUAGUAAAGUGAAGCCAGAUGAGCACUUAUGGACAAUCGAUACAAUUGAUAACAGAAAAGUGCUUAUUUUGACCAUUGACAAAUUUGAAGGGAUGACAUGGUGGAAAACUGUACUAAAAGGUGACACAGAAAUCAAUACCAAAAAGGUGGAGCCUGAAAACUCAAAACUCUCAGAUCUAGAUGAAGAAACAAGACCUACAGUCGAAAAAAUGAUGAUCGACCAACAAAGAAAAGCUAUGGGGCUGCCUACGCUAGAAGAAGAAGGUAAACAAGACAUGCUUAAGAAGUUUAUGGCUGCACAUCCAGAAAUGGACUUUUCUAAGUGCAAAUUCAACUAA